UUAAACUUGCGUUUUUCUCUACAUCACUAAGUUUUGAUGUAUGUCAUCAUAUCUUAGCCUUCAAGCCCUUUCGUUCGUCAUCCACUAAUAAUAGUUAAAAGAGAAUAGAUAAGGAAUCUUUCUUUUCUAAACAAUUGUUUGUUUUAUUAAUUGCAUUAGAAAUAAGAAUUAUGUCUUCACCGCGCCCUAAAUCUCCCAGAACCCCGGUUUUACCUAAAAAAGAGGAUAAAGAGGAAUCAUUUUGGGAUAAAAUCGGCACAAUUGGUCGUAAAAAGCGCAUAAAGGAAGUUCAGGAAGUUCAAGCAGAAGGCAAAUAUGCUAUUGAUUCACCUGGAAGUCCUACAGCUCCAGAAAUUCCUCCUGAGGAGUACAGCCUGUUGGACAAUGAAGAAAGAGCGAUCAUUGAGCCCCGCUCUCUUGAAGACCCAAGAGUGAAAGACUUAAUUCAGGUCUUGAUUGACUGGAUCAAUGAUGAAUUAGCUGCACAGAGAAUUAUUGUGAAAGACAUUAGUGAGGAUCUCUACGACGGUCAGGUGUUACAGAAGCUGUUGGAAAAACUGACAGAGACGAAGUUGGAUGUCCCAGAAGUUACACAAUCUGAAGAGGGCCAGCGUCAAAAGCUCGCUAUAGUUCUGAGAGCUGUCAAUAGGGUCAUCUAUGGAACUUCAAAGCCAGUACAGAAGUGGAGUGUGGAUUCGAUUCAUUCAAAGAAUGUUGUGUCCAUUUUGCAUUUGUUGGUAGCGCUUGCUCGCUAUUUCCGCGCACCGGUCCGUCUGCCAGAAAACGUUAGUGUCAACGUGGUUGUUGUGAAGAAGGAUGCGCCCAACCAGCUCUCCCAUAGGACUUAUAUUGAAGAUAUAACGACCACUUACGAUGACCUUGGUAUGAAGUGCGAGAGGGAUGCUUUCGACGCACUAUUUGACCACGCCCCCGACAAACUGCAAGUUGUUAAAAAAUCACUAAUCACAUUCGUUAAUAAACACCUCAGUAAAGUGAAUCUCGAAGUUAUGGAUCUCGAUAGUCAAUUCCACGAUGGUGUGUACCUUGUAUUGCUUAUGGGCCUACUGGAGGGAUAUUUUGUGCCACUUUUUGACUUCCACCUGACUCCACAAGACUUUGAUCAGAAAGUACAUAAUGUUUCCCUGGCAUUUGAGUUGAUGCAAGAUGCUGGGUUGGCCAAACCCAAGGCUAGAUCUGAGGAUAUUGUGAACCUUGAUCUUAAAUCUACACUGCGUGUGCUGUACAAUCUUUUCACGAAAUACAAGAACCAGCCCUAAUCUGCGACUAUCAUUGUGUUCAAUGUUCAUAAUUAAUAAUUCUAUAUAUGUAUUAAAAAUUGAAUUGCUUACUUAAUUAGUAAUCAACUAACAAAUUCUAUUAAUUUAUUAACAAAUUAACGUGCCUUAAUCAAUAUAUUAAAUAAUAUGAAUAUU